AUGGCGCCUUCUGACGCAGACCCAAAUAUUGUGAUUGGCAUCGACUUUGGUACCACCUAUUCCGGUGUUGCAUGGACAUGGUCCAAAGUAGAGCACACCGAGAUCAUCACGAGCUGGGAGUCUAGAGAAUAUAGCAACUCUGACAACGAGAAAGUACCUAGUGCUAUCAACAUUAGCAAAACGCCUGGAGGAGAGGUUUCGUGGGGCUAUGCGACUGAUCCAGACGAGCUUCCCUUGAGAUGGUUCAAGCUAUUGCUGAUCGAGGAGAAAGACUUACCUAACGACGUCCGAGAAAGUUCACAGCUCCGAGAAGCUCGCGCAUACCUCAGAAACAUAAAUAAGACGGCUAUCGAGGUGAUUGGCUUGUACCUGCGCCAUCUCUGGAAUCAUGCGAUCCAAAUUAUCACCACGGCUGUCGGCAAGGCGGUUCUGAAUUACUCCCAACAUCAUGUCGUCAUCACACUUCCAGCUAUCUGGCCCGAGUACGCAAAAUCUCGGAUGCGGGAGGCCGCAAUUCUAGCUGGAAUCGUCCAAAAGCGCCUGGAAGCAGAAACUUCACUUACCUUCGUAUCUGAACCUGAAGCUGCUGCACUUGCAACUCUUUCAGAUUUGACACAGCGCCCUGAUAUUAAGAAAGAGGAUACCUUCGUAGUUGUCGACUGUGGUGGUGGAACCGUGGAUAUCAUAAGCUAUAAAAUUGUCAGUACGGAGCCUAUGACUGUCCGUGAAUGCGUCACAGGCCAGGGUGGGCUUUGCGGAGCUGUCUUUGUCGACGAUGCCUUCGCGAGACUCCUCGAGUUGAAGAUGGGCAAAGCAUCGUGGGACAAGAUGACAUCGACCAGUCGUCAACGCAUCUUGAACGAUGACUGGGAACACGGCAUCAAGAAACAAUUCCUCGGCCAAGAGCGGACUUGGACAAUCCAAUAUCCCUUCGAAUGCAUCGACUCUCAUGAGAGGAAGUCUUUGAAGAGGUGGCCCAAAAUCGAACUUGAUGCAGACGAUAUGUGUGGUGUGUUUCGGCCGGUCAUGAACAAGAUUCAUGACCUUAUCGAGAACCAGAUCGAGAAAGUGACAAAAUCGGAGCAUAAGGCUCCGAAGCCAUAG